AUGUCAUCAUCGAAUUCACCGUGCGCAGCGUGCAAGUUUCUGCGGCGGAAGUGCACGCAAGAGUGCGUGUACGCACCGUACUUUCCACCGGACAACCCUCAGAGGUUUGCUUACGUGCACAAGGUUUUCGGCGCCAGCAACGUGGCCAAGCUGCUGAACGAGCUCAACGCUGCGCAGCGAGACGACGCAGUCAAGUCCCUUGCUUAUGAGGCGGAGGCCCGCCUUAGGGACCCCGUCUACGGUUGCGUGGGCCUCAUCUCGGUCCUCCAACACAAGCUCAGGCAGAUCCAGGUGGAACUCAAUAAUGCCAAGAAGGAACUCGCAACCUAUAUUGGACCCCAGGCUAUGCAGGGCAUGCCCACCACCAUUCUACAACAUCACCCCAACAACGCUAUUGCCUCCUCCCUUUACCCUUAUAACGGCAACAUGCCAUCUGUGCACGGAGGCCAGUUGGUGAUUCGCGACCCUCAGCCGCCGCAGCAUCAGAUCUUGGAAGCUCAGCAAAUGGCUGCGGCUGUGGCCGCAAGAGAGCAGCAGGAGAUGUUCAGGAGUUACGAGCAUCAACAGCAGCAAGAAUUCCUGAGGUUCAGUGGUGGGUUCGAUGUGGGUUCCGUUUCUUCUGGUGGUGGUGGGUUCAGCCAUGUGUCCCCAGCUUCUGCUGCAACGGCUGAUCAGUUGUCUCCGUCAUUGGCUUUGGGAUCCUUCGACAACAGUUACCAUAUGCAGCAACCACAGCAAGGAGAACCCCAUCCUCACCACCUUCCACUUCAGGCUCAGCUACUGCUUCCUCCGCAGCAGAAGCAAGCGCAACAACAAACCCAUCAGUCACAACUGCCCCACCACCACCAGCAACAGUCGGAAAGCGAGGAGUGUAGGAGUGUCGGUCCAUCUUGUUGA